AAAGACUCUGUUUCCUGUAUGCCGAAUGAAAGAUCCAGGCACAACAGAUCUAAGAUGGCAUUAGCAAGUGGACAUUGGAUUAGAAAAGAGGUGGCCGGAGACCUCCCAAAUCCUCGACAUGGACACGCACUGACAGUUGCAGGAAAUAUAGCUAUUAUGUUUGGAGGCUGCUCCUUUUAUAAUACUUUCGAUGAUCAACCAACAUAUUUCAAUGACUUCUACAUGCUGACAAUUACUUCCACAGAUUUGACUUGGGAAAAGAUACCACAGGAUGGACACAUCCCUUGCCCAAGACAAGGGCACACACUUUGUGUAGUAAAAGGCAAGAUAUAUUUAUUUGGAGGUUGUACAAGUAAGAAUGCUGAGCUGUGCCUUCCAGAAGUCUACACCUUUGAUCUUGGUUCUUUAACAUGGCAGAAGAUAACAACCACAGGUAUUGCACCCCAGACUCUCAAGCAUAGUUCAGCUGUAGUAGGGGAAAACAUCUAUGUCUAUGGUGGUAUACUGUAUGGAAAAGCUGUUGAUGACCUGUACAUGCUCAAUACAGUAUCCUUAAGCUGGACCCCUGUCAAAACCUCUGGUUCAUCCCCUGGUGCCAGGUCAGGCCAUGCAUUUUUUCCAGUUGGAGAAAUAAUCUAUAUGUUUGGAGGUUGUUCUGAUGAAGGGGAAUAUUGUACGGAUGUAUUUACACUGGACACAGUAACAUUAGCAUGGAAAAAAUGUGAUGUCAAGGGUGAAAAGCCUGUUGGAAGGUCGCAUCAUACAUUCACAGCCCACCAUGAUAAGGACAUUUAUUUGUUUGGAGGAAUUUCUGAGUCCAAAGAAGGCAAUAAAAUACCAAACAAUGAUAUUAUGAAGUUAAGUUUAGCACGGAUGAAAUGGAAAACGCCACUUUAUGUAGGGAUCCCUCCUGCUUGCAGACAUAACCAUGUAGCGUUUAUUCUGCAUAGUCAUCUCUAUAUCUUUGGGGGAAUAAAUGAAGAAGAAGAAUUCAAUGAUUUAAUGGGAAUGAAACUGAUAAAUCCUUCAGACAGACAGCCUAUUAUGAAGGAGUUUUUUUCAGAAUUGGGAAUCCAUGGAAUAAGCAGCAGGUUUACUCCCACCAAAAUCCCCAAGGUGAAAUAUGAGUUAACGGAACCUCCUUUCCUGGCUGGAAUUGAAUCCCUCCUGCCGUCUGCGCCAGCAGCCCAGCUCCAAGAUUUCCAUUCAGUGCGUAACCAAGCGAUGGACAUGAUCAUAACGGCCUUUGCUUUGCUGGACUCUGAGUUUCAAAAACUUGGCAUUGCAAAAGCAGAACUGGUCCAGGCCACAACGGUUUUCCAACGUGAAAAGGAGCAGUACAACAAACAGCUCAAAAAUCAACAGAAGGAGCUGGAAGAGAUGCUAGAAAAACACAAAGCCCAAAAUGAAGCAUGGCUUAAAGCCAGAGCAGAAGAGAAUGACAAGGAAAGGAAAGAAAUCUACAAAAUGAGGGAGGAGAUUCUCCAUGAACAGGACCGGUUGAGAAGAGAGCAGCAAAGCAUUCAGCAGCGCAAUCAGCAACUGCUUUCUCUAAUGCAACAGUUCAAAGGCAUGUGAACUGUGUGCUGAAUAAAACCUGAUCACAUGCUCCAGAUCAUAGCGACUACACAGCACCACUUGAACAACUGAUCUCUUAUAUCUAGCAUAACAAAGAUCCAGUUACUAUACAAACUGAAGUUUUAUCUCACUAAGUUUCCAUUCAGCCAUAGGACAAUUGUUUGAUUAAAUUCCCAUCCACU